AUGUUUGCUUGGUCCCCUUCACCUACCAGUACCAGUUGCACUCACAAGCAUGCUAUCGGCUGUCUUCAUCUGAGCUCAACACAACCCGUCGCAGAUACUGCUGGAGGUGUGAGGAUCGCUCACAGGUCCGAGUCUUGUGAUUUAGAAUACUGGGGUGCUUGUAAUCCCCAUCUGCCGCUACUCUCCUUUGCCAAUAUCCCAUCUUCAUCCGAAAUAUCUCCUAGCGAUUUCAUCGUGCCACAGUCGAACAACAUCUCUGACAAUUCUCGAACCCCCUUUCAAACAGCACUUCCACGUCGUCCGCUGUCUCAGUCUGGUAGUAUCGAAACUCUCCGAGAAGAGCUUCAGGCCAUCCGUCACGGGACUUUAACAAUCCUCAAUAACCUGCAAUUGCUGACAGAGUCUUUCCUGAUGGCGCAACCUGUCGUAUCGAAUUCCUGGGACUCAAGCAAUGUACCUGAGCUCCCCAGGAUUAACCCAAACUUAUCAUCUUCGGUCAUGAACAGUCCUGGGGGUAUGGGUGCUUCUGAGUCACUGAACAUGCAGAACUCUACAAACCAAAGUAUCCUGAGCGCGCAGGCUGUCAAUUCUAGUCCUUAUAUUCCCCAUGGACUUCCUAACGCAGCCAGCGGUCUCUGGGCCUGA